CACCGUGGACCCGUCUGAACAACAACGACAACAAACAUAUGUUUGUUGUUAAAAAAGAAAGCAAUGAUUAUUGAGAUUAUUGCCGUUUAAACGCGCAGGACAAACUCAGUAAUCCUUUGGAGAGGUACUCGUUCCCGGACGUCCCCCGAGGUCCUUUGUUGGUCUGCUCCAGUGCCAAACUGACUCUACUGUAUAGUUCUUUGUUGCCUUCAUCGGGAUUUGUUUUAGGAGGAAAACCUUUCACUGGAUCGGUAUCGUUUUCUGUUCAGAUUACAACGGUAUGUAUUAUUUUUGCCACUAUGCACUGUAAUACAUGUUAUAAAUGUUGCUAUCAUCUACUCCUAGAUGGAUAUUUUACAUCAAUGUUCAGCUAGCUAGUUAACCUAGUGUCGCCUAGCUAGCUAGCUAUUGGGGGCAGAAUUAGGAACCUGAGACAGCUGACAUUCAUUUAGCUAUGAAUUUUCUUGACUAACGCUAGCUAGCGUUUGAUAUGAUAGCUACCUGAUCACGUUCAUCUAAAAUCAGCUCAGAGAAUUUCAGUAGCCAGUUAACUAACCUAGGUAGGUAGGUUGCUAGCUAACCUGCACUUAAAGUGGUUAAAUCUGAGGUUAGCCGUUAGCUAGAUGUCUAAUCAAAAUAAAGAUGUUUCUUCCUAUCUUAGCACACUCGGACUUGUUAUUCUGCCUGAUAGUGUUAUUAGGGAUCUUUGAUAUGAAUAAUACUUAAAUGCAAUAAAUCAAUGAUAUUUUAAAACUAAGACGAUAGAGUAGUAAUAGUAAGCUGGUAGCUAGCUAGCUAUUAUCCGUGAGUUGUCAGCGGGGUAGUUGCCCAGCUAACCUAGCUGUCUAUCCUACGUCUGACGAGAUAAAUUGUAACUUGCUCCAAGUCGAGGUAAAAUAACUUUUGUUAUUUAAUUUACAGACUGUGUUGCUGCAUGUGGUAAAUUUCUUUCUGGGUGGUAGUGCUAGCUACAUUAUAUCACUUUCAUAAUUAUAUAUAUUGCCAUCAUAACCGUUAAAGUUAACUUUUUAUCGAUAUGCCAAUUAACUAGCAAGCAGGCUAGACAACUUCACCUGCUGAGCAAGAGGACUGGUUAGAAACAUUCUUUGACCAAGCAACCACUAAUAAUAGAACUGUUUAAACGAAUAUAUAUGAAUGUUGGUUUAUCACUAAGUCCCCUAAAGAUGGAUGAAAGGAAUUACGGAUCUUUGCCUCAUGUCCCUUCGGAUUAUAUCCAACACUGGGUUCAGUCAGCACAGCAGCACCUUCAGGCCCUCCAGGCACAGUAUUCUCAUAUGGCUAAUGGUAUUGCUGCCCAGUUCAUGGAGAGACCUAAAGAGCAAGGGGAAGGGCUCAUGGUACAAAUGCCUGCCCAGGAACAGACUCCUCUAGAGCUGGAACUUGCUGCUCCCCAGCAAGUACCCAAAGCUAAAGGGAAGAGGGCCAGAUCAGCAAGCAAAGAGCCCAAGGCUAAACCAGAGCCCAAGGCUAAACCAGAGCCCAAGGCUAAACCAGAGCCCAAGGCUAAACCAGGCCCAAAAGCUAAACCAGGCCCAAAGCCUAAGAAGGCCAAGGGGGCCAAAGAAGGCCAGCUGGCUGAAGGAACACAAGAGAAGAUUGAUGAGGCCUUCAAGAAAGUUAAGCGGAAAGUGGAUCGCUUCAAGGGCAUGACUGAGGAGGAAGUUAUGAAAAAGACUCUGCCAGACAUCCUUACCUUCAACUUGGACUAUUUGAUUAUCGGAAUCAAUCCAGGUUUGAUGGCGGCCUACAUUGGAAGGUGGUUCCCUGGACCUGGGAACCAUUUUUGGAAGUGUCUGUUCCUGUCUGGAUUCACUGAGAAACUACUGAACCAUAUGGAUGACCAAUCUCUUCCUGAGAAAUAUGGCAUUGGUUUCACCAAUAUGGUGGCCAGAGCAACACCAGGAAGCAAAGAUCUGUCAAGUAAAGAGCUUCGAGAGGGUGGCAAAAUUUUAGUGGAAAAGAUAAUGAAGUUCAAACCUCUUAUAGCAGUUUUUAAUGGAAAAUGUAUUUAUGAAAUGUUCUGUAGAGAGAUAUUUGGGAAAAAGCCCAAAACUCUGGAGUUUGGCUUACAGCCUAUCAAGAUUCCUGAAUCAGACACGGCACUGUACCUGAUGCCAUCCUCAAGUGCCCGCUGUGCACAGUUCCCUCGUGCUCAGGACAAAGUACACUUCUAUAUCAAGCUACGAGAGCUCAGAGACCAGCUGAAAGGAGAGGUCAGAAACCAGGAGGUGGAAGAAGUCAAUUAUUCCUUCGAUCUCGGCAUGGCUAAAGAGGAUGCAAAGAGAAUGGCCAUCAAGGAGGAGCAGUAUGAUCCUGGCUAUGAAGCGGCCUAUGGAGGAGCAUAUGGGGAACCUGGACAAGAGGAAGGCCAGAGUAAUGGCCACUGUGCCUUUUCUUCUGGAGACACAGAAACAGCGGAGAAAGAGCCAAGGAAUUCAAAUGCAGUGGGCCAGCUUCCAGAUGGGCAGUGGAUGAACGAGUCCUUCGCUGAUGGGAUUCCGGACAUCGGCAGCUCUUCACAAGCUCAGGCUGGGGCCGUGUGACCAGGAACCUUGUUAAGGGACUUUACAUGCAGCCUUAUAGGGAAAACAUCUGUGUUCAUCCACUGCUCUUAUACAGUGCCCAUCAGCAGCUUCUUCCAGUUCAGGAGUCUUCAAGGAUACCAGUGACCUCUUGCUGAUUUAUUAUGAACUCUUACAUUAGGUAUAAAACAGCUAUGGAUGCUAUGUGCAUAACUUGCUCUGCGGAAAAGUAUGCCAGCAAUGGUUUGAACUACGGACAUGGUUACUUGAGCUACAAGGAGAAAUGAAUUGCUGCUCCCUUAUAAAGAAAUUGUACCUCAGUGCUUCAACUGAAGACUUUUCACACUUCAUGCAAGAAGAUUUUUUUUGUGACAAAUUUAAAAUGGUCAUUUUAGGAAGUAGUGUUUUAUAUGUAACUUUUUUUUGUUUAUUUGUUUUGUUACUACUUGCUUGUCCAAAACAUUUUUGUUCUCAUUCUGUAGUGUAUGACAUAAGCACUGUUGAUUGUUUUUAUGCUUUAUGUGUAAUAUCAGGGAUUGACACUUGAUUUUUUUGUAAAGUCUGUAUGUAAUUUGACUUGUUUGGAAGUAGUUUUUUAGGGGGACGGGUGGUGGAAUAUUUGAACUGAUUACUCUACCUAGAAGCCAUGUAUGUAUCACACCAUUCCAUCUUUUUCCCCCCUUUUUACACAGAAAGAUAUAGUAUAAAUGAACAAGUAGCAUAGAUGAAAUUAUCAAAGCAAUGUUGCUUUUAUAAUCACAACAAGGUUACUACCAUUAAUAUCAAGGUGCAUUUUUAGAAAACUUCUAAUACAAUCAUGUGAUGGCUGGAGGUAUUUUUAUUUGUAGAGUUGUUUUUACCUAAUGAGGUCAAAUUACAAAUUCAACAAGUGUCAGACAGCCACUUGGCCUUUCUGAGUACUGUAAAACGCUUAAUGACUCCUAGUCUACAUUUGCAAAACAGUAUGAUGUGGUUUUACUGUUAUAUCAAACACAAUUGGUGCUAUUUUGUUACUUAUUGUAAACUUGAUUACAUUUUUUCCCCCGUUUAUUAAAAUUUGAUUGCAUUGACUGUA